AUGACAUCUCAGAACGAUGAUUACGUCUUGGGGCGAGACCUAUACGGCUCCGUGAGGCUGGAUACCCAGCAUCUCCUCUGGAAAAUGAUUAAUGGCUACACCAUAAAUCCCAGAAUACCCGUCCAUCCGGACAUGAAGAUAGCCGAAAUGGGCAGUGGAACGGGGUUAACAAUUCAAAUGGACGGCUACGACCUGUCAGAUAGCCAGUUUCCGCAUAAAUCCUUCUUACCCAAUAAUGUCUCUUUGAACAUUCUCGAUGCCUUCGGAGAUGUACCUCCAGACCUUGUUGGGAAAUAUGAUGUGGUUCAUCUCAGAUUCUGGUCCUGUAUUGUGAAAGGCAAUGAUCCGAGCAGGCUUGUUCGUCACGCAAGGCAAUUGCUAAAACCCGGAGGAUAUAUGCAAUUGGAGGAGGGUCACCUUGGCCAAAACGUCACUCGAGGAGAUGUGGCUGAGAAAUUUGGAUCCAUGGUGAGCUCCAUUUUGGGCAAGUUAGAUAUUAAGUUUGAGUAG